AUGGAGCUCGCCCAGUCCUGCAACCUUUCCGGAAUGGUGCCAAACUCGAAAGCGCUCACGAUUCACGUGUAUCGGCCUGACACUGUGUACGAAGCGACUACGGAAUCGCCACGAGGCGAGGCCUUGUUCGGUACUCUGGUGGUGUGUCUCCCGAGCGCUCAUACCGGGGGCCAACUGCGGGUCAGACACGGCUCAGCGACCGCGAACUUUGACUGGGCCAAGCGGUCGGGGGACUCGAUCCCAUGGGUGGCACUCUACUCUGGCUGCGAGCUCGAGAUGGCGAAAAUCACCAGCGAUUACCGCAUCACCCUCACAUACCACCUCUUUGCGGACGUCGGCAGACAGUCGCCGCUCGCGGCCGCGGCCGACUGGUCCGCGCUGCCGCUGUGCCGCGCGCUUCGGAGCGCGCUCGGCCGCGCGACCUUCCUGCCCGAGGGCGGGGUGUUGGGGUUUAGGUGCCAGUUUCGGUACCCGCACACGAGCAACCAAUUCGCACAGCGACCUGCGUCGCUGCUGAAAGGAGCGGACGCAGUACUCUUUGCGGCUAUGCGACAGCUGGGGUUGAGGAUUAGGUUUGCGCAUGUUUACAAGGUUUGGAAAAGUGUCGAAGGCAAGAGAAGGGGAAUGGAAGAAGAGGACGAUGAUGAGAUAAGCGAUGAAGUGAAGAGGAUGGAUAACAUCAAGCGUCGGCUGGUGCGCGCGCGGCUCGAAGCGGAAGCCGCCGCGGCAGCGAUAUCCGACGUGCUGACGGCGCUGAUGCGAGCGGAACCGGAAGACGAGAACGGAAUCGAUCCGGACGACAUUCUCUUACCGUCACAGAGUGUUGCAGACCGCAUCGGGACGGCGGUAACGCAGCGGUCUGAAGAGCCGGUGCGUUACAGGGCCCAGACCGAGAUUGUCGCUCCGCUCUGCGCUUGGGAGUACCAGGAAAAUGAGGGAUCCCUGGCUGGUUCCGGUACGUGGGAAGACAGCUUUCCGUUCUGCUUUCCGGUGCUGCGCAACGGAGCGGAUGUUAAGUGGGCGGUCAAAGGGCCGACGUAUUGGGAAGCGGGAAAACUGAGUGUGGAGGGGACCGGUUGGUACAGGGCUGCGAGCGAGGCUAUUUAUUGCGCGGCCGCGAUCCUAGUCACGGUGCCCGGUUGGGGGAGUGAGCAAAGAAGUGAUCUGAUCGAGGAAUCAGCAGCAUCUGGUUCACACGCUGAAUGAUUGGUGCAUGACUCGAAGCCACUCUGUUCAAGGUGGCUUCGAGAAGACAAAAGAUGCCGGGUCUCGGUCUGAUUGAGAUAUAAGACGCCCUGUGGCAUUCGAAAAGACCCGCAACUUCCCGUCUUUUGUGUUGGUAUGGCCUAUUCCGUCGGAGCAGAAGGCAAAUCACUCUCUGCUCAGGAUAAGCCACCGCGUGUGGAGGCCCCGGGAAUACAAAAACUUUUCAUUGAACAAGACGGCUGACAACCAAGGUCGGAAGCACUUAUGAGGACUCAACUUUGCAUGGAAAGCUUCAACGACGUUGGCAUGCACGCUUAGGGGUG